AUGGAAGCUCUAAAAUUUAAGUACCAUCCACGGAAUGAAACGGUGAUCGAGGGUGUCGGAGUAGAAAUGACAUGUGUUCUUGAAGAGCAGGUUCCUGACAGUUCUUUAUCUUGGAUUCGGAAUGGACAAAAAAUAACAGAAGGCAAGAUCAUUUUGAAGGCUAGUGGUCAACUUUUACAUAGAGAUGUUCGAACCGCAAUUUCAAUGUUAUCAGGAGAACAUACAUCUUAUAGACUUGAGAUUCCUGAUGUAAUGUACAGUGAUUCAGGAAAAUACGUAUGCGCUGUAUAUCAAAAUGGAAUUGACGUAAAAUCGGAAGUCGCACAUCUCAAAGUUAAUCAACUGCCAGACCCUAUGUACCCGAUAUGUGAUCCAACAGUCAAUCAAAUUCGUGAAGGAAGUCGUGUGAAAUUGAAAUGUACAGGUGAUGCUAUAGACCCACCCACAGAGUUACGAUUAUUGAAAUAUGUAACAGAUAUCCACACCGACACCGAAGUAUUGCUUUAUCGGCAGACAACGCCUAUUACAUAUUCAUUUAUAGCUAAUACUGAUGAUAAUAACGCUAUAUUCACUUGUCAACUAACAACACCAGCUGAUCCUAGCAUUGCCAGGAAUUGUAGCUUUGGGCCAUUAAAUGUGUGGUAUAAACCUAGCAUCACCAUUCAACAUGCAGGUACUACGCUCUCAAGAAGAGAAGCCAUAUUUAUUUGUCAAACCAAUGCAAACCCACCAGUUACAGACUUUAUAUGGCAAUUUGACCCGCCUUUAAGUAUUGAUCGUUAUGAAAUUGACGAUAUUGGACAAGUUAUGCGCAUUCUACGUGUGAAUAUUGGCGACAAUGGAUUAAUUGUAAAAUGUACGGCAAGGAAUAAUGUGGAAGAUAAUGUUGUAGGUCAACCAGAUGUUUACUUUGAACCCCAAGAUCGUCUAACGUUACCAUUGCCAAAUAAAAGACACUCAGUGUUAUGGAGACGAUCAUUUGGCGCUCAAGUUCCAACAGAUAGAGACGUGGAUGCCAUGUAUCUGGAGAUCCAGAGUGAUCACUACAUUUUUACGCCAGACAGCAGAUGCAAUACUCUUCCCUAA